GUAUCUCCGCGACUGCAGCCCCGGGAGGGUGAGGGCAUACAGUCCGCCUUCGUGUUGCAUUGAUGCGGCUGUGAGAGUGAGGGAGGCUCCGCGGGGCGGCUGCACAUCGACAUGUACCCGGGUAGGAAGCGGAGGAAACCGGUGCAGAGGACAGUGAAGCCAGUGUUGGCCGAUGGGGUCAAAUCCAAUCCUUCCAAGAGGCACCGCGACAGGUUAAACUGUGAACUGGAUCGCCUGGCUGGCCUGCUACCUUUCACCGAAGACGUGACCUCGAGCUUGGAUAAACUCUCCAUCCUCCGUCUCAGUGUCAGCUACAUGCGAUCCAAAACUUUCUUCCGGGUUGCCUUGAAGAACCACAGCUGUAACAAGAUCGCCGAUGGAAGCGGUAACCAUGGCAACAGGAAAGUGUUGGGAUUGGCGGACGGUGUCCUGCCAGAGGGAGAGCUUUUAUUACAGGCUCUGAAUGGGUUUGUCCUGGUCAUCACAGCAGACGGACUUAUUUUCUAUGUUUCCCAUACAAUUCAGGAUUAUCUGGGCUUUCACCAGACUGAUGUCAUGCACCAAAGUGUGUAUGAGCUGAUUCAUACAGAAGACCAGCAGGAAAUACGCCGAAAUCUCCACUGGGCAUUGAACCCUCCCAGCAUCAGCAAAGCAGGGGAUGCUCUAACAGGUGAGAAAGCUACCUCAACAGCUGUAAUUUGCUACAACCCUGAACAAUUACCACCAGAACACACGUCAUUUCUCGAGAGAAAUUUUGUCUGUAGGUUUCGCUGUUUGUUGGAUAAUUCAUCUGGUUUCUUGGCUCUGAACUUUCAGGGCCGGCUGAAGUUCCUACACGGGCAGAACAAGAAAGCGGAGGAUGGUACUCCUAUCCCCCCUCAGCUGGCUCUGUUCGCCGUGGCAACACCUCUCCAGCCUCCGUCCAUCCUGGAGAUUCGGACCAGGAACAUGAUCUUCAGGACCAAGCACAAGCUAGACUUCACACCACUCGCCUGCGAUGCCAAGGGGAAGAUUGUUCUCGGAUAUACGGAGGCUGAGCUCCGGGCUCGAGGAACUGGAUACCAGUUUAUUCACGCGGCAGAUAUGCUUCACUGUGCAGAAAAUCAUGUCCGGAUGAUUAAAACAGGAGAGAGUGGCCUGACCGUCUUCCGACUGCUCACUAAGGACAACCGAUGGGCCUGGGUUCAAGCAAAUGCGAGGCUGGUGUACAAAAAUGGGAGGCCAGAUUAUAUCAUCGCGACACAGAGGCCCCUGGUAGAUGAAGAAGGAGGGGAGGAGCUCCGGAAACGCUCCCUCCACCUACCGUUCACCUUCGCCACGGGAGAGGCGCUGCUCUACCAGGCUGCCUGCUCCGUCCCGGGUGAGCCCUCUGACCCUGGGGUUGCCAAAGGGAGAGGCGGCAGGGGCAGGAGGGACUCCACUGGCAGGUCCAAGAAGGGGCAGAGGAACGUGGACCCCAGCUCCCUUCUGGGCGCCAUGAUGUGCCAGGAUGAGUCCGUGUACGUCUGCCAUCCUGCGCCAGAUCCCAGGCACCCCCAGGGCAGCGAGCCCAUCGGCACAGCUGGAGGCGACUGGCAGUGGCUUGCGGGUGACGCCGGCGAGGUGAGCCAGCAGGGGGUUAACGCCGGGCACCUCGACCCCCUGCUGUCCACGUUGGACUUCCUCGAGCCGCCUGGUGAGGACGGUUGUCUGAACAACGAGUUGUUCAACGCAUUGGCAAACCUCGGGCUUGGCGCAGACGAGCUGCAGCUCCUCCUGUUCGACGAGAAGACGGUGACGUUGGACACGGAUCCGGGACACAUCCCGCCGCUGAGCGACGCCUGGACAAACGGGGAAAUUCUGUCCUACGUCCACCACUCGAUUGUGAGUAAGAACGACCAGGAGCUGCCCGGAGCCCAGCGACCCUUCCCGACUCCUGGCUUUUCCCAGGCUGCGCCCGCAAACCCUUUGACAUAUUCGCGCAAAGCCCUUGGCGACGAGGCCCCGUAUCCCCCCCAGCAUUUCCAUCGACAACAGCACUCCCUCCAAUCCAAUAACCCCCCGAUAACGCAGCAGCAAGACCUCCUGCUGCUGACCCACCAGAGCGACCAGGCCUUGGCUCAGUGUUUCGCAGCCAGUGACGGGCAGCCUCAGGUGAGCCAGGAGGGACCCAGCCGUCAGCAGCUGAAGGGGCAUCUGCACACGCAUCCAAAACCCCACCAACAGCUGCCCUUGCUCUCCCAUAGCCCGGCUAACACCCAGUUGUUGGAUUACCAUCGCCAGUCGGCAGUUGAUCAACCAGUGGAGGACAAACUGGACCAUAUUCUUGGUUACGGUCAGGGCCUGACUUCCUAUCAGCAGCUGCUGUCUACGUGUCCAAGUGGGAUCACUCCCAGCACAGAUUCCCACGUGACUGGGGCACCUUGUAUGGAGUUCACGAUGAAUGACGGAACAGGCGACGAUGGCCAUUACCAUAGCUUCCUUGCCACAUCGUCCACAUAUAGUACCUUCCCAGAGAAGCCGCAGGCUCAGGAGAUACCUCUCUGCCAGUAUCAGCCACUAAAUCCUUCCAGCAACCCAUUCGUGGACCUGUGUCCAGAGCAACACACGCUCACAGUGGAUCCUUAUGGAUGUUUCCCAGCUUCUAGACCUCAGGACAAUCCCCACAAGGUGGACAGCAGCUGCCAUUUGGACAGUGGAGAGCUGGCAUUUGGUUGCGACCAUCCCAAUGGGAGUACAGUGCCCUCAGACAGACUGCAACCCGGUAUGGGCAUUCAUCAAAACCCCUCUGCAGCUGGCUAUUACCUUCAGGGACACCCAACUGGGAGGUCAGCUCAAGAUUAGCACCAGGACACAGAUUCGCAACAAGAUGGAGGCUUUCCUGUUUAAGACAAGGCAUGUUCACUUUUUGAAACAAUGCCUGCUUGGUCUUCUCA